CCGUGCCAUUGUGCGAUUGCAGGGGAAUAGGAAGGGGGUGAACUCACUGAAGUAGAGAAAAAAGAAAAAGAGGAUGAAAAUAGUGACUCAGCCAUCGCGGCAUGCAUAUCUUAAUUGUACCUCUGGCUUUAUGACGUUUUUUAAUUAAGAACCCGUAAAUAAUCGAAGGGAAACGGAAUCGGUUCAAGGUGCUGACCAUGCUGUCCGAGUCACCGUCUCUAGUCCCGUCGACAGCUCCUCAUCCGGCGUUGCCUUCUACUCCACAACCGCCGUCGUCAGAUGAAGACUUCUUUUCCUCAGCAUCCGUAGCUUCCACCUCAUCCUCAUCCGAAGAGGGAAAACUGAGCUUGACCCCCGUCCGCUCUCCCUCAACCCCUGCCCCGCAGAUCCCUCUUUCGUGGCCGGCGGACGGAAUUCUAACCCUAGCAUGGGUGACUGACCUUAUGCUCACUUUUGACUGGGCUUCUCGGAAUCUUCCUCCCGCGGAUCUCCCCUCUGUACUGCCCGUCGAGGUAUUUGACCGGCUUGUCCUCACAGCAUCCAAGAUCUUGCAUAAAGAGCCCAAUUUGGUCAGGAUAGAUGAUGGGUUGGGUCUGGGACCACAGUCUCGGGUUGUCGUGGUAGGGGAUGUUCACGGCCAGCUUCACGACGUGCUUUUCUUGUUGAGGGACGCUGGGUUUCCAGGUGAAGACCGCUUCUUUGUGUUCAACGGGGACUAUGUCGAUAGAGGGGCUUGGGGUCUUGAGACCUUUCUUAUCCUGUUGGCUUGGAAGGUUCUUAUGCCACAGAGAGUGUUCUUACUUCGAGGAAACCAUGAAUCGAAAUACUGCACUUCUGUUUAUGGAUUUGAGAAGGAAGUUCUCACCAAAUAUAGUCACAGAGGAAAACAUGUCUACAGAAAGUGUUUGGGUUGUUUUGAAGGACUCCCUCUUGCUUCUAUCAUUGCUGGGCGUGUUUAUACUGCACAUGGUGGUAUUUAUCGUGGCAAAAUUGUCACUCCAUCUAAAAGAGCUAAAGGAAAGAAGAGCCGCAAAAUAAAUAUCAACCCUGAUAUUAGUGCUUUAUUCCUUGGCUCCUUUGAGGAGCUCUCUAAAGCCAGGAGGUCUGUCUUGGACCCCCCUUGGGAAGGUUCUAAUUUGAUUCCUGGUGAUGUCUUGUGGUCAGACCCGGCAAUGGUUAAUGGUCUUUCCCCAAAUAAGGAAAGAGGAAUCGGUCUUAUGUGGGGUCCAGAUAUGACAGAAGAGUUCUUGCGAAAGAAUUGUCUAAAGUUGAUCAUCAGAUCACAUGAAGGUCCUGAUGCAAGGGAAAAGCGUCCUGGUCUUGGUCAAAUGAACACGGGGUACACUAUAGAUCAUGUUGUGGAAUCUGGUAAAUUGAUCACAUUGUUUAGUGCACCGGACUACCCACAGUUUCAGGCCACAGAAGAAGAUAGGUACAGAAAUAAAGGAGCAUAUAUCAUUUUGGAACCUCCUAAUUUCGACACUCCAGUUUUCUGUAGUUUUGAUGCAGUCACUCCUAGGCCAAAGGCAAAUCCAUUCUAUGAUUUUGAAGAUGUAAUGGAUUCGGAUGAAGAACUGGACUUGGCAUCUAUGGUCACAUCAUGACAUUCUUUGAAGAUCAAGUGUCAUGACUUAUGAGUGAAUGAAGAGAAGAGUUGUCCAAUUGAAAGAUGCAAAGGCAUAGCAACUAUAGCUCCAUUUGGUUGCAGCAAUGGCGGGCAGAAGCUUGGUUAACUCAAGUAGUUGUAGUGUUUAAACUUAAGGUCGUUGUGUUUAUGAUCUAAAUUAUGUACUUAAUAUUUUGUUUUUGUAUUGCUUUAUUUAUAUAAUGCCUUCAGGCUUUUAAUCCUAUCAUUGAGGUUUUUGUGUUUUACCAUAACAAGCUUUGUGGGUGGUUUGCUGGUGUUGUGUCAAUGUAUAUCUUAAAUACGAAGUAGAUGAUGAUGCUCAGUGAAUGAAGUUUUACAGGAGUGUUGUGCUUUUUUACUACAGCAACAUUUUUGUUUUUGAUAUACAUAG